CAGGUUUUGUCAUAUGAGGAAGUAAACUACAUUAAGAGAGAAAAACACAUGUGCAGGUCAUUACUGUGGACUGACUGAUGAGACAGAGGUGGAUUUGAGAAAAUUAAAUGCUGAGAUGAUUCAUAACUCACUCUGUGGAUCAACAUCUGUAUCUGUUUUUAGAUGAAACCAUGACCUCCAGAAUGAAUCUCUCUGAAGAACAUGAAACAAAGAUAAAGACAGUCAAGAGUCUGAUUCAGGGGGGUGAAUCAGAUUUACACGAACACAUCAAUGUGUCUGUGAGGAAAAAACAACCGAUGGAUCUUUCAGAUCUCUGUAGAGAUGAAGACUCUUCUGUUGAGUCCAGUCUGCGGCAGAAUGAAUCUCCUGAACCCAGCUGUGUGUCCAUGAAGAGUGACCGGUCAAUGGGUCGUCCAGUUGAUUUCAGUCUGGGAGCCACAACUUCUGCUGAUCUGAGUCAAAAACAUGAAGGACCAGAAUCACAUACAGCAAAGAAGAACUUAGACUCCAUUUUCAAGGAGCUUGAGCACAAAAUAAUUUCUGAGUUAAAAAGUUUUAAGAGACUACUGAGUCCAGAUUACCCAGAAUGCUCUGAAAGAGACCAUUAUGAUGAUGAGGGUCAUAACAGAGUCAGAGAGGGGCUUCUGAAGAUCACACUGAUCAUCCUGAGGAAGAUGAACCAGACAGACCUCGCUAACACACUACAGACCAAACUGAUGCCUGUGUAUCAACAAAAACUCAAAUCCAGACUACAGGACAAAUAUCAGAGAAUCAGUGAAGGAAUGUCCAAUCAUGGAGACUCAACACGUCUGAAUGAGAUCUACACAGAGCUCUACAUCACAGAGGGAGGGAGUGGAGAGAUCAAUAAUGAACAUGAGGUGAGACAGAUUGAGACAGUGUCCAGGAGACCAGAGACACAGGAAACACCAAUCAACUGCAAUGACAUAUUUAAACCCUCACCUGGACAAGACAAACCCAUCAGGACUGUGCUGACUAAAGGAGUCGCUGGAAUUGGAAAAACAGUCUCUGUGCAGAAGUUCAUCCUGGACUGGGCUGAAGGAAAAGCCAAUCAGGAUGUUCAUUUCAUAUUUCCACUUCCUUUCAGGGAGCUGAAUUUGAUACAGAAAAAUCUCAGUCUUGUGGAUCUUCUAAAUCACCUUCACACUGAAACCAAAGAAUUUAAGUCAGCAGAUUAUGAUGAUUACAAAGUCAUGUUCAUAUUUGAUGGUCUGGAUGAGUGUCGACUACGUCUAGAUUUCCAAAACAAUCGGAGCUUGUCUGAUGUAACAGAAUCAGCCUCCGUGGAUGUGCUGCUGACCAACCUCAUCAAGGGGAAUCUACUUCCUUCUGCUCUCCUCUGGAUCACCUCUCGACCAGCAGCAGCCAAUCAGAUCCCUCCUGAGUGUGUCGACCAGGUCACAGAGGUACGAGGAUUCAACGACCCUCAGAAGGAGGAAUAUUUCAGGAAGAGAAUAAACGAUCAGAGUCUGGCUGAUAGAAUCGUCACACACAUCCGAUCAUCAAGAAGUCUGUUCAUCAUGUGUCACAUACCAGUCUUCUGCUGGAUUUCAGCCACUGUUCUAGAGAGGAUGAUGGGUAAAGCAGAGAGUGCAGAGAUUCCCAAGACUCUCACACAAAUGUUCACACACUUCCUGAUCUUUCAGACCAAACUGAAGACACAGAAGUAUGAUGGGAAAUAUGAAAUCGAUCCUGAUCAGGCUAGAAAGACUAUUCUGUCUCUAGGAAAACUGGCUUUUGAACAGCUGGAAAAAGGGAACCUGAUCUUCUAUGAGAAGGACCUGAAAGAGAGCGGCAUUGAUGUCAGAGAAGUGUCAGUGUACUCAGGAGUUUGUACCCAGAUCUUCAGAGAGGAGUUUGGACUGCAGCUGGGGAAGGUGUACAGCUUUGUUCAUCUGAGUAUUCAGGAGUUUCUUGCUGCUUUAUUCAAGCUGCUGUCCUUUUCUGAACAAAACACAGGACGGAUGAAUGAGUUCAGAUCACCAAUGACCAGUUUACUGAAGGGAGAAGUAGACAAGGCCUUACAGAGUGAGAACGGACACUGGGAUCUUUUCCUCCGGUUCCUUCUCGGUCUCUCACUAAAGUCUAAUCAGACUCUUUUACAAGGCCUCCUGAGAAAGACACUAAGCAGCUCUGAUAUCAAUAAGGAAACAGCUGAAUACAUUAAACAGAAGAUCAGGGAGAAUCGCUCUCCAGAGAAAUCCAUCAACCUGUUCCACUGUCUGAAUGAACUGAAUGAUCGUUCACUAGAGCAGGAAGUACAAAGAUACCUGAGCAGAAGAACAACAAUAAAAAGUUACAGUUGGCUGAGCAGAAAAGAUUUCAGUCGUCUCUCUGGAGUCAAACUGUCUGCUGCUCAGUGGUCGGCUCUGGUGUUUGUGCUGUUGAACUCAGAAGAAGAGCUGGAUGAGUUUAUACUGAGUAAAUAUGAUCGAUCAGAAGAAUGUCUCCUGAGGCUGCUGCCAGUGAUCAAAGCAUCUAGAAAGGCUGAUGUUUCUGGCUGUGGUAUUACACAGAAAGGCUGUGCUGCUCUGAUUUCAGCUCUGAGAUCAAACCCUUCACACCUGAGAGAACUGGAUCUGAGCCUUAAUUUACCAGGUGACUCAGGAGUGAAGCUGCUCUCUACUCUACUGGAGGAUCCACACUGUAAACUGGAGAAACUACAGUGAGUCUCAUCACAUCUC